UACCUUUUAUUCUAGUGAUUAGGAAUCUGCUUUUAAUACUGAAAGUUUAUUAAAUCACUAUCUCUGUCGUUGAAUUUUGCAGCACUGAGGGAGCUCUUCCGAGCCGAAGCCGACAACUAUGCAUCUGAAUUCUCUUCUUCAAAAUCAUCAAUAAAAAAAAGGCAUUGAAAUAUGCAGCAUAGAUUAUCAUCUGUUCCUAUCUUUGUGAAGAAGUUACAUGACCUUGCAGGUUAAUCCUGUUGUGGUAGCCAAAAUUCUCAUUCUGUUUCACCUUGCCUUUUUUUUUAAGCAGGCCUAGACUAGGCUUUCCAGGAGUCUGCAUGGGCUUGAUUGUGAGCCCCGAUGCGCCUGGACAUGGGUUCAAGCCCCCGUGGCCUUUUUUUUUAAUAGUAAAAAUGGAGUGAUAACAAUUGCUGAAAACGCUAAAUCUCAGUACCCUCGGUUGAUGUUUCUUUACUUUGUAUUUUAGUAGUUAUCUAGGGCCAUGAAGGCGUCCAAAUUAGGAAAAAAAUUUACUGUUUGGGAUUUGUAGUUUUCCUAGUUGAAUUAGGAUUAGUUUUCCUAUUUAGUUUAGGAUUCCUGUUCUAUCUAGGACUUUUUUGCAUUAUUUAAGAAACCUACAAGAGCUAUACUAUUCACUCUUGAUUCUUGAGGAUAAAAUUCAGAGCAUUUUUUCUCUAUUUGUGUAGUUUCUAAAAAGCUUUCGAUAUUACUUCUUAUUUCAUAGUUACUUCCCUGAAGAGACAAUAACAUCACUUGAACUUACAAGUAGCCGGGGGUAAUCUUUCUUUUGUAAAUUAUUAUACUCUUUGUUGCCAAAUUGUCCCAAUGGAACCAAUAUCACAGCUUGUUUCAGGGGCUGCUUUGGGAGUUGCCCUUCAACUGCUAAGUGAUUCGAUUAUGCGUGCAGUAACUACAGCCUCCAGCUUCAAAUUUAAGCUACGGCUUCUCCAGGCAACCGUCAGGAUCUUGAUCACAAGAUUCAAAGUUAUCAGAGAAGAACAACAGCAGUUUCCAGGAGCAGAAGCUCAGAGAUUGUGUGAAUUGUUGGCGAGAGGGAGUCAUCUUAUUUCUAAAUGCUCAAGAAUCUCACAAUGGAAUUAUUUCAAGAUGAGAAGAUACGAGAAAAGAAUUGAUGAGCUUGAUGAAUCUCUCAAACAUCUUUUAACGUUGAAUUUUCAGCUUUUGCAAUAUGAGAACAUGCGGAAACUUUUGACAGGGGUUAAUGAAAUGAGUAAGAAAUUGGUGGAUCAUGGAGAUGAGUUGCCCAAGCCUAGCCAUGUCGUACCUUUAAACGAUCAAGAAAACUCGUGGUACUCUCGGACUUCAAGCCACAGACAGCCAUCAAAACCAAGAUUUAGAAUGAGUUAUCAAAGAAGCGAAAAGAUUACCAAGUUUGGGUUUAGUUUCUGACAAACUAACUGGGAUUUUACUUUUUUGCAAGUCAAUUACUGUUAAAAUUGUAAAGAAGUAAUUUUUAGUGGAAA